AUGUCCAACGUCCCGAGCGAGCCUGAGUUUGAACAGGCCUACAACGAGCUUGUCAGCACCCUGGAGAACAGCACGCUGUUCCAGAAGAGCCCCGAGUACCGCAUCGCCCUCAAGGUCGCCUCCAUCCCCGAACGCAUCAUCCAGUUCCGUGUCGUGUGGGAGAACGACAAGGGCGAGCUGCAGGUGAACCGUGGCUACCGCGUCCAGUUCAACUCGGCCCUCGGCCCCUACAAGGGCGGCCUGCGCUUCCACCCCAGCGUGAACCUGUCCAUCCUCAAGUUCCUCGGCUUCGAGCAGGUCUUCAAGAAUGCCCUCACCGGCUUGAGCAUGGGUGGUGGCAAGGGUGGUGCCGACUUCGACCCUAAGGGCAAGAGUGACGGCGAGAUCCGCCGCUUCUGUGUGGCUUUUAUGCGCGAGCUGUCCCGCCACAUCGGCGCCGACACCGACGUGCCGGCUGGCGACAUUGGGGUGUCUGGCCGCGAGAUCGGUUGGCUGUUUGGCACCUACCGGGCGGCCCGCAACAAGUUUGAGGGCGUGCUGACCGGCAAGGGCCUCGCCUGGGGCGGCAGCCUGAUCCGCCCCGAAGCCACCGGCUACGGCCUCGUAUACUACGUCGGUCACAUGCUGCAGUACGCCGGCGCGGGUGACUUCAAGGGCAAGCGCGUGGCCGUUUCCGGCUCCGGCAAUGUGGCCCAGUACGCGGUCUUGAAGCUGAUCGAGCUCGGCGCCACGGUUGUCUCGGUGUCCGACUCCAAGGGCGCCAUCGUGGCCAAGGAGGGCAGCUCCGUCACGGCUGCCGAUAUCGCCACCAUUGCCGACCUCAAGGUCGCCCGCAAGGCCCUGACUGAAUUCAGCGUCGAGGACCGCUUCACCUAUCUCGAGGGCGCCCGCCCGUGGGUCCACGUCGGCAAGAUCGACAUCGCCCUUCCGUGUGCGACCCAGAACGAGGUCAGCGGCGAGGAGGCCAAGGCCUUGCUGGCUGCUGGCGCCAAAUUCGUCGCCGAGGGCUCCAACAUGGGCUGCACCCAGGACGCUAUCGACGUCUUCGAGGCCGACCGCAAAGCCAAGAAGACCGCCGCUGUCUGGUACGCGCCCGGCAAGGCCUCCAACUGCGGCGGCGUCGCCGUCAGCGGCCUCGAGAUGGCCCAGAACAGCCAGCGCCUCAGCUGGGCCGAGGAGGAGGUCGACAACAAGCUCAAGGACAUUAUGAAGAACGCGUUCGAGAACGGCCUGAACACGGCCAAAGAGUACGUCGAGGCUGCCGACGGCGAGCUCCCGUCGCUGGUCGCCGGCUCCAACAUUGCCGGCUUCGUCAAGGUCGCUCGUGCUAUGCACGACCAGGGCGACUGGUGGUCCACGCAGUAA